CACGGCUGGUGCUGCCGCUCCUGUCCGCCGACGGUGCUAAUGCUACCAAAAACUGACGGUUGAGUACAAGUAGAGAAGACUUGCUUAGUUUCGAGUGUUAUAUUAACCCGGUGUCAACUUUAUAAACAACAGACAUCUUUAGCUGCAGUGCAUCUAAAGUGCACUAAAGUCUUGCAGUGCAUCUUGUCAGGGAAGAUAUUGGAAACCGCCUCGACAGAGAAAUACUACUUCCUGAAACUCGUCUUUUGCCAGAGAAACAUGUCAAAGCUAGAGGCCUUGCUGGAAGAUGGACUCAGAUCAGAGUUAAUGCUUAAGCAGCAGCUGAAGACCCUCAGUGAGGCCCUCAGACAGCAGCUGCAGGAGUCAGAGAAGAGACAGACAGAGGAGUUGGAAAGGAGGAUUCAUCAGGACGCUCUCCUGUCAACAGAUAUACACCAAGAGUCCAGUGAUAAAAAAGAAGUCAACCGUCAGCCCAAAGAUGUAGGAAUGAGGAGAUCCAUCUCUACAUCUGGCCUGACCUCAGACAAAGAGACCUCCCAUCAUCUUAGACAGUCAGAGAGGCCUAACUCAUCUUCUCCAGCCUGGGUAUUUCCAACAAACUGCAAGCAUUGUUCUGUCAGUACUUCCCCACUGACACCUACCAAGACACAACUAUGUGAACAGGUAGCUUUAUUUAAAACAACACAGAUGAGCAAAGAGGAGGAGGCCGAGGCUGAAUGUCAGAAGAAGUUCUGUGCUGUCCCAGUCCCCAACCAUGUUACCCAGCCCCUCUAUCAGGAGGUGAUUGAGCUUAGAGAGAAAGAGAGGAAGCAGGGUCAUGAGCAGAGAAAGAACUUUUUGCUCUCCAUACAAAAACCUUUCAGCUUCCAGGAAAGAGAAAAGGAAAAAAGGCAGAAGCUGAUAGCUACGUUAAACCAAGCCUCACAGGAUCAGAAGAACAAGAUUCCUACUGUCAGAAAAUCUCUUCACAAAGUAGAAAAUGACUCACUAGAUUCUGAGUUGAAAGACCUUUGCAGGACCGUCCACACUCACACAACAGAGCGACAGGAGAAUUCCACUUCGUCCUGCAGCCCGAAACUUCGCAUUGCUGAGCACACCAGGAAAGAAAAGCUGGGUUUCCUGGAUGAGAAGCCGAGCUUCCAGCCAAAAAUCAUCCAUCAGAUCCCUGAUUUCAGCAGGUUGCACAAGGCCUUGCAGACAGAGGCACUGAGAAGAACACAGAGUAAAGAAGUGACAAAGUGUCAACCCUUCUACCUCAGGACAUCAGCUCUCCCUGCAAGGCAAAGUAGGAUGAGCCCAGAAAACUCACAGGAACCAAAAAUAAGUCAUCUCAGUAGAAGCAAGUCACUUGGGACCUUAACAUCACUGUCCACAGACACACUCCCCUUGUACAUCACAGAUGCUGUGAGGAAGCGCUGCAUGGCCAUCAGAAAGUCAAUGGAGUUGAGGGAUAGUAAGAAUCAAGAGAGUGCAGACUGGUUGAGGAAGUACCAAAUGAGGUCCCAGGCCAUGAAGAAGACAGUUGCCCUCCAUGCAAAGCUGAUGGACCCACACAGCAGCUUGAAGGAAGUAAAUAAUGAAAAACUAAAGCACCAUAUCGUGGCUGACCGACAAAGGACGAGAGACUACAUGAAAGAGUUACGGAAAAUGAAGGCACGAGUUAGUGAACGCCCUUAUUUGUUCGAACAGGUGAAACAGAGAAAUGCAAAGGCUCAAGCAGAGCAGACAUACAGAGACAAACUGAGGAAAGCUGGCCUUAAGGAGCAAUUUGUUCAAGAAAAUGGAGAAACAACUGAAGGAACAUCAGUCUCAUCCAGAUCUGAGGAUGAUGUAAAUAACCACAGCAAUGAAAAUAACAUUCAUAGCAGGGAAGAAAAUGUAGACGACGGGGAGAAAAUUGAAGAUGUGGAAGAGGAGAGCGUGAAGUCCAAAGGGGAAGAAAUGCCAUGAUCAAAAAGGUUCAGGCGGCACAGAGCUUUUUGUGGCCUCUCCACUAGAAAACAACACUGUCUUCAAAAAUGAUUCAUGUCACGGCUAACUAUCCACACCAAACGUUUGACAGUUUAAGAUGUGCAACCAUAAAUUAUGAAAUUACAAAACAUCUGGACUUUACAGUCACAAAUGUCGGGAAUUACAACUGGAAGAAAAUAAAAGUUUAUAGAACUGAAUAUGUUUAUAAGUAAUUAAUAUUUUAUAUGCUUUGAGCUUAACACACUCACAUAUAUAUACAGAUCUGCAUAACAUUUCAAGCAGAUUAAACUGAAAAUAAAAAUGCUACUUUUGGUUUUAUGACAACAAUUUUGCUAAGGAAUAUGAAGACUGUAAUUUCAAGGAUGAUGAACACUUGGUUACCAGAAUAAACAGUUCAAAAACAAAAUUAGGACACCAGUUGAAAGUCUGUGACAUUGAUUUGUGUUUUACCAACUCUAACUUUUGAUAGCCAUAUAAAAGGGGUUAUACUUAUGCAGUGAGAUAUUGUAUCUGCCACUGCUCUAUGUAUUUUAUUUAGUUUAUUUAAAAAAAAAAAAAAAAAGUUUUAAUUGGACAGACCCUGUAAGGACACCAAUCUGACAUUGGCCUUUCUCGGAUGGCUGGGUUAAAUCUUCCAAUUAUUUCUAUAGCCACACUGCCACCUAAAUAAACAGCCCUCACUGUGCAUCUGCAUUCACACAGCCCAGUUCAGAGGUUUGCUCUGAGCCCAUAGACCCACAUCAAGCACUCUUGUUGUUACGCCUUCACUGUUUACUUUCCCUUAGACAGCUGAAAGAUCAUUUUAACUUACAAACCACAUGGGAAUGUC